UUGUUAUGGGUACACACCAAACAAAUUAUUUGAUUGUACCAUGCACAUUUAAAAAUCAUCAAUUAAGUCCAAAGUGAUCUUUUUUUAAGUGCCAGUGUAUUAUUGAACAUUAGAAAAUUGUCUGCAUAUUAAAUAAGUUCAAAGUCAGUAAUUAACCGCAACAAUGAAUCUUUCACAUAGUAUUUUUCCUAUAUCGUCGCUCUACGUAGGUGAUUUGCAUCCGGACGUAACUGAAGGAAUCUUAUACGAAAAGUUUUCCACCGCCGGCCCGCUGCUUUCCUUACGACUCUGUAGAGAUACAAACACUCGAAGAUCUUUGGGAUAUGCGUACGUGAAUUUCAAUAAUUCAAAUGAUGCCGAACGCGCUUUGGAUACAAUGAACUUUGAUCUUCUGAAAGGUAAACCUAUACGUAUUAUGUGGUCACAAAGAGAUCCCUCACUUCGUAAGUCCGGUUUGGGCAAUGUAUUUAUCAAGAAUUUGGACAAAAGUAUCGAUAACAAGUCGUUAUACGAUACCUUUUCUGCUUUUGGAAAUAUCCUAAGCUGUAAAGUGGCGGUUGACGAUCGCGGCUGGUCAAAGGGAUAUGGAUUUGUACAUUUCGAAAAUGAAGAAAUUGCUAAAAAGGCCAUCGAAAAGGUAAACGGAAUGCUGUUGAAUGGGAAAAAGGUAUACGUUGGUAAAUUUAUACCACGCGCGGAACGUGAAAAGCAACUUGGCGAAAAAGCAAAUAUGUUUACUAACGUGUACGUCAAGAAUUUUAAAAAUGACGUCACUGACAACGAACUCCAUGAAAUGUUUUCAAAAUUUGGUAAUAUAACGAGUUGUGUAGUCAUGAAAACUUCCGACGGUGUUUCUAAAUGCUUUGGUUUUGUAGCGUUCGAUAACCCUACAUCUGCAGUCAAUGCUGUAAAUGAGAUGAACGGAAAAGAAGUUGAUGACCAAUCUUUAUACGUAACACGAGCCCAGAAAAAAUCGGACCGCCAAAGAGAGUUAAAGCGCCAGUAUGAACAACUAAAAAGCGAAAGGUACAGCCAAUGCCACGGAGUCAACCUCUUUAUUAAGAACUUGGAUGAUUUCAUAGAUGAUGAUCGUAUUAGAAAAGAAUUUUCCCAAUUUGGAACUAUCACUUCUGCGAAGGUCAUGAUGGAAGACGGUCGUAGUAAAGGAUUUGGGUUUGUGUGCUACACGUCUUCGGAAGAAGCAACGAAAGCUGUUACGGAAAUGAACGGUAGAAUGAUAGCUUCCAAACCGCUCUACGUGGCACUGGCUCAAAGAAAGGAAGACAGAAAGGCAUACUUAGCAUCACAAUAUUACCAACGUUAUCGCAUGCAGCAAAACAUUCCGUAUGGACCCCCUAAUUUACCUUACGUUCUUCCCACCAUCUCUCAUGGAUCAAGAUUUUACAAUACGAUUAACCACAUAAGAGCAGCUCCCCGCUGGGCUUCCGCAGCUCCGAUUCGUCCUAAUGGAACUUAUGCCGCUUCGUGUCCGUUCAGGGUAACCUCCAGACCUUCAAUUCCAAACAACAGUAAUCGCAACUCCGUCCUUGCAAGGCCAAUUACCGGUCAGCAAGCAAUUGCGCACUCCCGCCCCAACAGCAAAUACACGGCCAACGGUCCCAGCAACGUCACUCGUCCAACUGCAGCCAGUAUGAACAAUGUUGGUGACAGCAUUCCGUUGAAUAUCAACAGUCUGGCAUCUUCCCCGCCUCCACUAGACCAGAAACAAGUUAUCGGCGAACGCUUAUUUUCAUUUGUAGGGACCAUUUAUCCCGAACUUGCAGGAAAAAUCACAGGUAUGUUGCUGGAAAUCGACGCUUCCGAACUGCUCAACAUGAUUGAUGAUCAAGAAUCAUUGAGGGCCAAAGUAGAUGAAGCUUUGGCAGUACUUCAGGCGCAUCAGCAUAAGUUAGUUAAAGAUUAAUUUUGUAGAUCAGUGUGCCGUGUGCUUUCGUUUGGUGUUUUUAUGUUUCUGUUUUUAACUUUAUGUUUCUUGCGCAUAGUGUUUCAGGAAGAAACCAUUUUAGGCAAAAGAAAGACUUAAAAAAAUUGCACCGAUUUCUUCCUUUUAUCGUAAUACUUUACAAUUUAAGUUUGAAACAUGUUUAUUACUUUUGUACGUUGUGAUAAUUAU